ACGCGCGGAGGAACCCCUUCCGGGAGUCGAGAGGGAAGGGAAGAUGGAGAGAGAAAUGCAGGGAUUCCACCUCUUUGUCUCUCCUCGAUCCUUCUCCUCCUCCUCUUCCUAUAAGAUUCUCACGUUAUGCGAUUGUCAAUAGGCUUAAAGAUGAUAUCUCAUGUAUAUGAUAAGCUGUUUGAACAUGGACCAAUGAAGCCCUUGCUGAUGUCUUCCUUAUAAUGAGGCCGUCUUUUCAGCCAUCACAAUGUCGAUGUCUGAUUCACAUGCCAUAUCUGGAAAUUUAGGUCCAAGAAGCAUCUCAUCAAAGCCAAGCCCAGCAAAUGUUGAUUGUUCGGAUGAUGAAGCGAGUCCACAUGCUCCUAGAGAAGAAGGGCUUGAGUGCCCAAUAUGCUGGGAAUCUUUCAACAUUGUGGAAAAUGUGCCAUAUGUUUUAUGGUGUGGUCACACCCUCUGCAAGAAUUGUGUCCUAGGACUUAAGUGGGCUAUAAUGAAAUUUCCACCUCUACCUGUCCAGCUUCCCCUCUUCAUUUCAUGCCCAUGGUGCAACUUAUUAUCUUUUCGGCUGAUUUACGAGGGUGAUCUAAAGUUUCCGAGAAAGAACUACUUCUUACUCUGGAUGGUUGAGAGCAUGAACAGUGGCCAGGCAAAAUUUUUUUCUUCAUUGAGUGCCGACAACCAACAGGUUUGCCCUCCAAAUGGUGGCUUGGCUGUGGGAAGCAAUGGUAGCCACCACCAUAACCUCAGAAGAAUCCCUCAGUACAUGCAUCCGGAUGAUUCACCCUCUAGCACAAAUCAACCUGGUAUGAGGGCUAAUUACUUGAAUUUGGAGAGGAUUCACUCAUUGCUUCGGGAGUCACUGGUUUUCUUUGUUCACUUGAUUGCCAAGUUUCCACUGGCUCUUAUAUUCCUCCUCAUUGUCCUAUAUGCAAUACCUGCCAGUGCUGCCGUUCUUGCCCUGUACAUCCUUGUCACCAUCCUGUUCGCAUUGCCUUGUUUCUUAAUAUUGUACUUUGCAUACCCUAGUUUGGAUUGGCUUGCUAGAGAGAUCAUCUCAUGAGAUUUCCAAUCACUCCAAGCCAGGACAAAUGAGUCAGAGCUUUCUGGCUGCUAUCUGUUGAUUAUGAAGUGUGUCCAUGAUGUAAUUCAGCUGUUCUUAUAAUCGCGCACAGUAUUCCUAUUUAAUGAAGCUUGGAAAUUGGGAUUUACAUCAAA